AUGCCUAUUUCGCAAGCUAUCGGUGCACCGAUUCCCAACAACACGGAUCACGCUGUUUCCGUGACCCUCCCAACAUGGGAAGCCACCGUCGGGUAUGAAGAGGGUCAGGAUUGGGUCGUCAAUAAGAUGCACUCUGGAUAUCCCCGGUUCUUUGUCCAUAGUAAGGUGAAGGAAUUAUCUCGUUUAUUGGAGCUCAACUAUGCCAAAGACAACGAGAAGUCCAUGAUUUUCCCAACUUACGAGGUUGCCAAACGAUGCAGAGAGUUCAUCAAGUCCAAAACGUUGCUUCCGAAUUGUUCUAUCCGUAUCCUUCAGUUGAGCACGGCUCCACCAAAGACAGACGAGGAGAAGUCCUUCAAGGUGGAGACCCAGAUCGCGGUUGUUUUCUUCCCCGGAUCCGAGUUUUCACUGGCCAAGGCCUACUGGCAGCACACCGGAGAAGGUGUUUCCUCCAGAUUGGGCGAAUACGUUCUGAACGAGUUGGGUGAAAAACUGGAAGCCACCGCAUCCAAAGAACGCAAGAUGACCAAACAAAACUCCAACAGAUCCUCCUCCGGAAGAAAUUCGCGCUCUUCCAUCUCUUCGCUCCAAAACAACCAAGAAUACUCCACGUUCAUCGAAGAGAGAUUCGGAAGAAACCUUGACUUACGUUUCGCCAAAGAAGCAAAGUCGAUCCUUAGACAUAGAAUCGCGACUACCCAUUCUGCUGAGCUGAGCGACGAUGACGUUUACCUGUGUUCCUCUGGUAUGACUGCCAUCUUCACUGCUCACCACUUGUUGCUGAACACCAUGGAAUCCAAGGACCUCAAAUCCGUGUGUUUUGGAUUCCCGUACGUUGACACAUUGAACAUUCUCAAAAAGUGGGGAGCCGGUGUUCAUUUCUACGGAUUUGGAGACGACGACUCGCUUGACGACUUGGAGAAGAGACUGGAGGGCGGAGAAAGAAUUCUGUCGCUGUUUUGCGAGUGUCCAUCCAACCCGCUUUUGAAAACUCCUGAUUUGAUCAGAAUCAAAAAGCUCGGUGACAAAUACAAUUUCGUGGUUGUUGUUGACGACACUGUCGGUAACAUGACAAACCUUAAUGUUCUUCCGUACACAGAUAUCGUGACCUCGUCGCUGACCAAGGUUUUCUCCGGAGAUUCCAACGUUAUGGGUGGUUCGUUGGUUUUGAAUCCAAAAUCCAACUUUUACGCCAAGUUCAAGGAGUACUUGGACGAGAACUUCGAGGACCUUCUUUGGGCCCAAGACGCAAUAUACUUGGAACGUAACUCUCGUGACUUUGAGGCCAGAUCCAAGAAAAUCAACCACAAUGCCAUUGAGGUGUUGAAGUUCUUUGAGAAAUCACCACUCUUGGAGCAAGUCUACUAUCCGUCUACAAUGUCGUCGAAAAACCAUUACGACGCGCUGAAGAAGGCAGACGGCGGCUACGGUGGUCUGAUGUCGAUUGUUUUCAAAGACCAAGCCGAUGCGGUUUGUUUCUUCAACAACGUCAAAUUAUCCAAAGGUCCUUCCCUCGGCACAAAUUUCACUUUGAUUUGCCCGUACUCAAUCCUCGCACAUUACCAAGAGCUCGACGAAAUCGAGCAAUGGGGUGUCGAUAGAAAUCUGGUCAGAUUAAGCAUUGGACUGGAACCGACUCAGGAAUUGCUUGAAACUUUGAAAGAAGCGUUGGACAGCUCGGUCGAACAACAUAACGUGUAA